AUGGCAAAUCAAAGAAACAAGGCGGCGGAUGACCUUCCCCAGCUGGAAGCGUGUGACCCUCCUGCAGAGAGCCCCCCCAACGCCUCGUUAGCCAGACUGAUGGAGCUGAAGAGGCGUUUCUCCAACAUGAGCCUCGCAUACGAGAUGGUGAUGAACCUGAACUGCUGCUUCGAGUUCCAGGAGACUCCCACGAGCAGUUUGGCAGGCGGAGGGAAGGAUAUCUGUCAGAGGAAGUUUUGGGACAUUCUCCAUGUGCAGCUGAACUCGAAUCCUCCAAACUACUCUCAUGCUGUCACCGUGCUGCAGGAGGUCAAAUCCAUCCUCCUGCUGAUGCUGCUCCCCCGACACGUCAGACUGAGAACUCAGAUCGACGAGUCUCUGGACAUGGAGCUGAUCAAGAAGGCGGCUGACUACGGACUGCUGGACGUCCCCGGGCUGAUGCUGUACGUCAUCGAGACCGUGGCGUCGAUGAGCGCUCCGGGUCGGAUCCCAGAGAUUCUGGCACUGAAGGACCUGAAGGACCCUGAGGAGCAGCUGAGGAACAUCCUCCGCGUCUUGGGCCUGAUGAUGAGUGACGAGCUGGUCUUCACCAUCCAGUAUCACCACCUCCUGCUGCAGCACGUGCAGAACGAGAAGGGCAAGUCCCAGGUGAUCCUGGACAGGAUGCCCGCGCCGUCCGGCCAAUCGCCGAUGACCUGUGGCUGUUUGGGCUCCCAUAAUAUUCUGUGCGAGUACAGCUGUGCAGUCACAGUCGCUGGCAAAGUGGCUGUGUUAGAGUCCGGUUGUUCCGGUCCCAGUGGCAAAGUCAGCAUCCCCACCAUCCUCAACCGGGCCUACAUGCGUCUUCUCUACUGGGACCCGAAGGACCAGAAGUAUCCUGAGAUCGUGCUGCUGGACAAAGCUCGCCUGGACGCUGUGGCCCUCCGGCUGCAGAAGCUGGUCCUGGAGGCGUCGGCGCUGCUUCUAACCAAAGCUCAGACCGGGGAUGCGGUUUUCUUUCUGCAGGGGUUUGUUGAUGAGCUGAAGCAGACCACUGCUGCCUUGCUGGAGGACAGUCAGGCCAGGGAGGAGGACCUGAAGGAGGCGCUCCUGGGGCUCGGGGAGAAACUCGUGCUGCAGGUGAACGACGCGGCGAAGAGCCAGGGACGAGCGGCGCUGCCUCAGGACAAACAGGAUAUGCUGAAGGGACAAAUAUGUGACCUGUUUAAACACAACCACCGCGUCCGGACACUCAUAGGAGAAAGGUUGAAGGGCUACCUCUGGGCCAUGCUGCAGGCUGGUCCUGCCAAAGGGGAUCUGGACCCCCCCGCCCCCCUGGGCCUGGUAAAAACUGAGCUCGCUGAGCUGUGGACAGUGUUCAGGAAAAUCGUCCACUUCAACAAGGCGGCCUUUGGUCCCUUAUUUGCACCGAUCCUCCGGAAACUGCUGAUGGCCGGGGCCGCAGAGACCUCGACCUGA